CCGGUUUCUGCUUUGCCGUGACCUCCUUCUUCCCUCUCGCACUCCUGCCCCUCCCGGGCUCCGCCUCCUCUCGCCUUGAGGUUUCUGCUCUGAGCAAAGCGCUCCCCGGAUCAGAGCGACGCCGUCCGCGCUCGGCGACGAUGGUCCUUUGGGCGAUGGCUCCGGAGGGCGCGCGGCUCUUCUCGUGGGCGCUCGCCCUGUUCGCCCUGCUCGCCACGUUGCUGGCCGUCUUGCUCGCCCGCUUGCUGCUCGACCAGUACUGGAAAUACAUGGAGCUGAAGUCCAUCCCGGGAUUCAGUCCCUGGUACCCGCUGCUGGGCAACGCGCUUUUCUUUGAACGCGAUGGGGAAGCCUUCUUUCGGCAGAUGAUGAAUUACUUUGAAGAAUUCCGGAAUGUCCCACUGCUACAGCUUUGGGUAGGACCACUGCCCUAUGUCAUCUUGUAUCAUCCAGACACUAUAGAGGUUGUUUUGAGUAGCUCUAAGCAUAUUACUAAAUCCCGCCCUUACGAGUUUCUGCAUCCUUGGCUAGGCAAAGGACUACUAACGAGCACUGGGGGCAAAUGGCGGUCCCGAAGGAAAAUGUUAACGCCCACCUUCCAUUUCACCAUUUUAGAAGAUUUCCUCGAGGUGAUGAAUGAACAAGCCAAUAUCCUUGUUCAGAAACUUGAAAAGCAUGUGGACAAGGAGCCGUUUAAUUGCUUUUUCUACAUCACAUUGUGUGCCCUUGAUGUAAUCUGUGAAACAGCUAUGGGCAAGAGCAUAGGAGCACAACACAAUAAGGAUUUGGAGUAUGUUAGAGCUGUCUACAGGAUGAGUGUUCUGAUUCAAGAAAGACAGAAGUCUCCUUGGCUCUGGCCUGACUUUCUGUAUCAUAUGUCCAGAGAUGGAAGAGAACAUUACAGGAACCUGAAGAUACUCCACAGCUUUACUGAUAAUGUCAUUGCAGAAAAAGCUCAAGAACUAAAAAACCAGGAGAAGCAUAGAAGCGAUGCUGUCAGCAAUGGUGAUCAAAGCAAGUGCAAAGUCAGGAGGGCUUUUCUUGAUAUGCUUCUGAAUGCCACGGAUGACGAUGGGAAGAAGUUGAGCUACCUGGACAUUCGAGAGGAAGUGGAUACAUUCAUGUUUGAGGGUCAUGAUACCACUGCUGCUGCAAUGAACUGGUGUAUUUACUUGCUUGCUCGUUAUCCAGAAGCCCAAAGAAAAGUUCACCGUGAACUGGAUGAUGUUUUUGGGGACUCGGAUCGUAACAUCACAAUGGACGAUUUGAAGCAACUACGGUAUCUGGAUUGUGCUAUUAAAGAAGCUCUUCGCCUUUUCCCUUCUGUUCCAUUUUUUGCUCGUACACUGCUUGAGGAAUGUUAUAUUAGAGGAUUUCGGAUACCAAAAGGGGUUGAGGCCAUCAUUAUGGCCUAUGUACUGCAUAGAGACCCUGAUGUCUUCCCGGAGCCUGAGGAAUUCAGACCUGAGCGAUUUUUCCCUGAGAACGCAGCUGGGAGGCACCCAUAUGCAUAUGUGCCUUUCUCUGCUGGGCCUAGGAACUGUGUUGGUCAGCGCUUUGCACAGAUGGAAGAAAAGGCCAUUUUAGCCACCAUUCUACGGCGCUUUCGUGUUGAAAGUACGCAGCAACGCGAUCAACUCGGCACUGUAGGAGAACUGAUUCUUCGCCCAAAUAAAGGCAUCUGGAUUCAGUUGAAAAACAGAUCGUCUUCUGGCUCUUAAAACAAGAAACUUCAGGGAAAUUCCUUACCACACCACAUUAGGACUUUUUUUUAUUGGGUAAAAACUGUUGGUUUUCAGUGCAGGACAUUUCAGACUGCCCAAUGCUACUAGGACUUCUUUCUUAACCAAACCUGUGUUUUUGCUUUUUAAAAGCCAGCAGCUGCAAUCCAAAAUCUGAUGCUUGUUCAAUUGAUGGGAUAUUGCAAAUAGGUAUGGGAUUUGUAGGCUUCAAUCUAGGUUGCCACUAUAUGACUUUCCUUAAUCCUAAAAAAAAAAGCAGUGUGUUUUAAUUUUUAAAACUCCUGUAUUUUGAAAU